AAGCCGGCCAGCACCCGCAUCCUAACUAUACAACAGUCGUCUCCUGCCGCGUCUGAGUGGGUUCGGGAACGUCAGGACGCGCCCACGCUGUCCUCUUAAGUUGUGCGCGACGAGUGCACCUCGCGGAUGACUGCUCGUGACAUUAAUGCUGAGAGCGUCCUCUCUGGGACUCAGAUGUUACCUCCAGAUAUUACACUCAUCGUCAUAUCCAUGUCACAAGCGUAUACCUACAGUCCUUACGGCCUGCAAUUCUACCCAGGCUCGAUGUCCGCUGGCCGAGACCACGAAACGCGUCAAUGGUACCACUGGAGUGGAUGCAUAUGCUGUGGAGGACGCGCAAAAACUUCAUCCGAAUGUAGACCGCGAAGAGCUGGACGAGGAGGACGGACCAAAGAAAGUGAAGGGUCGUUACGCACAAGGUGUGCGUCCUCUUCGGAAGAGACCUUACAGGCCUCUUCCUGUUCGAAUAUCCCAACACUUCCCCGAGCAUCCUGUUUCCGGCCUACGGACUGCUCACGGUCCAGAGGACGUCCCGCAAUUUGCCACUCGCAAAGAACUUCUAUAUGUCAUCGCCACCACAAACUCCGUAGCUGCUGCAAUACAAGCGUACGACCAACUCACUGUCUUUCCUACCGACCAAAUGCCCUACCCCAUCCCUGCAGCCCACCUUCACCGCCUCGCACGUCUGAUUGCGCACAAUCGUCUCCGCACUCGCCAUCUCUUUAUCCGCCUUCUUUCUAUCCUUGCCAUACUCCAUCAGACAGGUGGUCGAGUACAACUUUGGGAGUGGAAUGCCCUCAUAGAUUUUGCAGGAAAGGGAUGGCGCAAGGCAAGACAAAUAGAUUACCAGACCGCGUUCAAUGUCUACUGUGACAUGGUUUCAGGAAAACCUCCAGGAAGUAGUUUGUCCAGGGAGAUGUACGGUGUCGCGUCUCCUCAGGAUGGAACCCGUCCUGACACAUCCGACGCUCUAAUGCCGGACAUCAUCACGUACACUACGUUGCUUAACAUUGCCGGCCGCACCAAGCACGAACCAUCUAUUCGCAAAGCGUCGGCUCUUCUCCGCUCUUCCGGAUUAAAACCCAACCGUACAACCUUGCUCAGUUUGAUGAAUUUUCACUGUCGCAAGGGCGACCUGACAACUGUUCGUAUGGCUUACGACCAAGUGCAACGAAGCGGGUUCGAGCUUGGCAUCGAAGGAGUCAAUGCCCUGCUCUUCACAUAUAAUCGCCUAGGCCGCAAAGACGUCGCAGAUGCGAUGUAUACUAUCCUCAAGCACUCGGGUGUUGAAGAUCCUACCCAUAACGAGCCCGUUCAAAUGGCUAUUGAGUAUCUACAAGCCACCGAAGGUAUUGAAGUCCCAAGUCUCCGGCCAGACAAGACCACCUACAUUGGUUUGGUGCAAACUUACGCGUAUCAUGGCUAUUUGGUUUACGCCCUUGAAGUCUUCAUGGACAUGGUUCAAACGCUUUCGACAAUUCCGGAGACGAGUAGUAUCAAAUGGCUUAUGCCCGCCUACAGGGCUAUCUUCUGUGGCUUUGUUCGCCACGGACAAGCGGAUUUCCAAUCUGCUGGCAUCACCCCGGAUGACGAGGCUCUGGCAAAUGGCUGGACAUUGGAUGCUUUGGGCGCUCUCUUCAACGACUUCAUGGGUUUACCUGGUGAUGCUAUGCCAAGCGCGCGGAUGUUAUAUUGGAUCCUUGUCGCCUUCGAGAAGUGUAGUGGGGGUGAUCUUACUAUCGUUGCAGAUGUAUACAUGCGACUUGUCAGACGAUUUGGAGGCGGAUGGGGAGGACGAUUGAAAGAGCUGGGGUUGAGGUUGAACGUGGACUUGGACUUGGAGUGAUGCGGCGUUGCUAUCGAUCUUAUAUACAUUUACACCCUAAUAUUACAAUUCCUGAUGAUGAUCUAUGCCAGGCGGUUUGAAGGAGAACACCAUUCUGACAGUAGGCAAAUCUAGAUCCUGCCCCCAUUGAGCUUUCUCCACUGUACAUAUUCUUCCCACCCAACAGUGCACUUCCUGCUCUGAUACCUACGCAACUUCACGCUGCGACGUAUAUCCUCGGUGAUGCGACCAUUCCAACCCGCCUUACGAAUGGCGCUAUCGACGGUCUCGAUCUUGUCCCACCCUUGCUCGGGUGCGAUCUGUGGUAGAUACGUCGCGGAGUAGGAAUGCUUAAUGUAAGAACGAGUGGGUAUGGAAGUGGUUGAGGACAAAGGAGAGGGGGCUUCUGAGCGAUCUGACGGCGCGGCAAGCAAUGAAGGAUGUGGGAAUGUGAUAUAGAUACCAUGCACACCAAUACUCCAGUCUAGGUAGGACGAAGCGUCCUCAAAGUCUGUGAGAAGAGAAAUGCUGCAGAUCCACAACAAUCAACGUGGUUAGGAAAUUGGAUAGUCGGGAGACAUACCCGCAUUCGAGGCUCUCUAAUUCCCAUUCCUCGAUCUUAUUAAAUCGGGUGUCGCGGAAAGCACUGAUGAGUGCGUACUCUGCCAAACCCUUAUGCAGGGGCAAUGGGUCAAAGUUUCCAAUGCAUCCCCGUAAUCGAGGUGCUCGUCCAUGACGAGACGAACGUGUGUUCCAAGUCACAAAAAGGGGACUUUGCUCAAAGUAAGAGUCAAGGUCUCUGAAUGUAUUAAAGAACAUACUAUUUGUCGUCUGGG